AUUAGCCCCAGGGACCGAAACCCAUAUCCCAAACAUCAAUUGUCACCUGCUUCCUGUAGAAUGGCUCUCGAAAAUGAGGCGGUAGCCGGAGCCACAAUUGAGCUUCUGGAAGCGCGCCUCCAACGACUCACCUACCUCCUCACAGGCGAUGCAAGCUGGACGGGCACUCCCACCGCGCCCGCCAAACCCGCCUCCCUCGAUGACACGGUCUCGCGGCGCCUCCUCCGUCUAGAAAAGAACCUCGAGAACCUCAGCAGGAAUAUCCCCGCUGUACGAGAUGUUCUCCAGCUCCACGAUCGCUUCCCCGACCUCUUCCGCCCUACACCUCCGCAAUCCGUCCCGGAGAAUCUGACAACCCAGAACCUCGCCUCGAUUGUCCUUUCGUACGCUUCCGCAUUCCCGGAGACCGCGUCUAGACUCACUUCGUUGAAUGACCUGCCUGUCCCGGACGCCCAGGCGUCUGCGUCUCUCGUCCAGUUGCAGCCGCGUCUCGAUCAAUUGGCUCGUACCCAGGAGGAACAGGCGAGGGAGAUAUCUGAGCUCCGCGUGCGGACUGCGCGGGUGUUGCAGCGCUGGUAUGAGGUUGGGCUGGUGGGGAGCGGCGAGUGCUGGGCUGAAUGGGAGGGACGGCUGGAGGAUGUGGAGCGGGAGGUGAAGAGGGAGGAGGUGGUGAGGGAGAGAAGGGCGGGAGAGAUAUGAGGCUGAUUGUGUGUGUUGUUUCUUUUUUGCGGCUUGACUUUUGACUUUUUAUGAUACCAUUCUUUUGUGUCUGUUGGUUGGGCGUUUUGUGUUUUGAACUGCUUGGCUUCUACAAGUCUGAAUCUGGAGCUCAUGUGGAUAGAUUCGGGCCAUCAGUUGAACGCUUUACAUUCUUCUGCUGGUCCAUUUUAUUUACUCAUCCUGCGACCAAGCACACCAACAUGUUCGCUGAGGAUAUGCAGCCAGAUCUCUUCGAGACGGAAAGGUUGCUGUUGCUUCGGUAAAGGGAGCGAGGCUAAAUGCCACUGUUCAUCCGUUCAUUGUCUCCAGAAGGUCUGAAAGUUUGAGCUAGCUGGCCUCUGCUUUCAUCUUGCUUGCUUUGCUACGUCUUGUGUCGUAGUCGUUGAUAGAGCUUUGAAUUUCUCGCAUCCCAUGGUUUUGAUAUCGGC